AUGACAAUGGAUAUAUAUGGAUAUGCUGGUUUUCCUUAUAAUCAGUCGGAUGAACUAGCGAAACAAAUGUAUGCGCAUCAGGCCCUGGCUUCGUCGAUACCCUACAAUAAUCGGGCGUUAGCAGAGCCGCAUACUAUGCCUGCGCCCACAGGAACACCAUGGAACGUCCAGGGUUUGCCCUGGGGAAUGCCGUCACCUCCUCAGCUGGUCCAGUUUACCGGUCAGCCACAACUCAUGGAACCAAAAAUUAGUCCUGUAAUCCACUGCAAGAGAAAAAGCUUGGACGUGGAACCAGUCAUACCAGCAAAGCAACUAAUAACUGAAGAGAAAAUGGCCGCCCACCUGAACAGUCUCCACAUAUCAUCAGAGUACACGACACAUGCCCUCGCUACUCCACAAGAUGUUAUGGACAUUGGUAUGGAGCCCGUUAGUGAAAAACUCAAGGGUCACACAAUAGUCUUGUCCGAAGAACUCAAGAAGUUACAGGAAGAACCUUUAUUACCAGCUGCACUUAUUGAUAGAUUGGAGAAACCACACAUGUCUCUAGUAGUGUGGAAGCCCAGAGAGAGUAUCCUAGCGAACAUCCAAGAAGAGAAGAAAGAGGAUGAGAAACAUCCGCAGAAGAGGAACGGACUCCUUGUUACACCAAACCACCAAUCGGACGAUGUUGAGAUGUGA